UGUUAAAAGUGUUAAGAGACACACCAGUGUGCUACUGUGUAGUUUGUUUUUUCAAAUAGAAUCUGUGUUAAUGUAAUACUAAAGCUGUGUGGUCUUUUUGGACAGCUGGAAGUAUUGUCAAACAUUAUGUCAUGGAUUAUAGAUUUUUGGCCAAUCUUGUAUCUGAUACCAGUCAUUGUAUGUCUUUUCUAUGGAUUCAGAAAGUAAGAACUAAGAAGAAAGGAUCCAAAAUACCCAGAAACACAGUUUGUCUUCAUCAAGUAGGCAGGGGACCUUUGGUUCCAAGUCUCUCCCCAUUUGCUCUAAAACUUGAGACAUUUUUACGGAUGCACAAAAUACCAUACAUGAAUGAUCACUCCGGGACUAUGUCCAAAAAAGGUAAAACACCUUGGAUAACAUAUAAUGGUAAGGACAUAGCAGACUCUCAGAUGUGCAUAGAGUAUCUGAAAGACAAGCGUAACCUUCGGGUAGAUGAUCAUCUGUCUAGAGAAGAGAAAGCUGUGGCCCGAGCCAUUCGUUGUCUUACGGAGGAAAAUCUUUACUGGACUAUGUGCUAUGAAACAUUUGUGAAGAAUCCAAAAAGUCUUGACCUACUUCUCAAGGACAUUUUUAGUCGACCUAAAAUAUUUGUAUUCAAGAACCUGGUAGGAAGACUUGUGAAAAAGGAACUUCAUGGCCACGGAAUAGGACGUCACUCGGACACUGAGAUUUGGAGCAUUGGAAAGGGAGACCUAACGGCUCUCUCUGAAUUUUUGGGUGACAAAAACUACAUGUUUGGAGACAAGGCCUCUGAUAUAGAUUGUACGGUUUUUGGCAUGCUUUCCAUGGCUGUCUGGCAGAUGAAGGGCUCUAGACACGAAGCCUAUAUUCACCAAAACCUUCCAAACCUUGUUGCUUAUUGUGAGCGCAUGAAAGAAUCGUUUUGGCGAGACUGGUCUCAGAGAUGCAGAGGCCCUGGCUAUGUACAGGAUGACUUGAAGAUGUACAGUUUCUGAACUGACAGGAAAAAGGGAUGAAGAUUUUGAAAAGUUACACAUCAUUUAUAUAUUUGUUUAGGAAAUGUUAUAUCAUGGAAAUAAAGAACUAUUUAGCACAUA